AUGUCUUUCAAGAUCGCAGCUACUCUCGUCGGAGCCCUCGCCUCCUCCGUCCUCGCCCACGGAACCGUCACCGGCAUCAAAGUCGACGGCGUCUACCAGGCCGGCUACAGUCUCGACUCCUACUACAAGGUCAAGAACGGUGGCGAGGCCCCUGUCCAAGCCGCUUGGUCCGCCGAGAACCUCGACAACGGCUUCGUCGCCCCUGACGCCUACGGAACUUCUGACAUUGCCUGCCACAUCAAGGCCGCGCCCGGCAAGACCUCUGCCAGCGUCAAGGCUGGUGGUUCUGUUGAGUUCCAGUGGUCUGAGUGGCCUGAGUCCCACAUCGGUCCUGUCUUGACCUACGUUGCCAAGUGCGAGGGCAAGUGCACUUCCGCUGACCCUGCUGAGCUUAAGUGGGUUAAGAUCGACGCUGGUGGUCUUGACGGAACUUGGGCUGCUGCCGAUCUUAUCAAGAACAACAACACCUGGACCACCACCGUCCCCGAGACUCUCGCUGCCGGUAGCUACGUUUUCCGUCACGAGAUCAUCGCUCUUCACGGCGCUGGCUCCAAGAACGGUGCUCAGAACUACCCUCAGUGCUUCAACAUUGACAUCACUGGCUCUGGAACUGAUAGCCCUGAGGGAACUCUGACCACUGAGCUUUACACUGACUCUGAGCCUGGUAUUCUCUUCGACCCUUACUCGGGUGCCACCAAGUACGAGAUUCCUGGACCUGCCAUGUACGGCUCUGGCUCUGGUUCUACCAAGCCUGUUACUCCUGUUGUCCCUAGCACCCCCGCCAAUGGUACCGCGCCUAUUGUCACCCCCACUCCUACUCCUGUUGCCUCCAAGUCUGGCUGCAAGGCCAAGAAGGCCCGCCGCCAUGCUCGUCAGCUGAAGUUCUAA